AUGAGUGGCAUCUUCUACCACUUCACCCGGGGCGAGACCAUCUCACGCGGAGACAAGUCGCACAAUGGCAACAGACGCGCCAGCAGCCCGAGCGAGCGCCCGGCCUUGCGGUCUACCGCUACGACCAAUGCGGCGGCCGCCACAUCUCCCUCAUCUUCCCCCCGGCAGGCCCGCGCCAGGGGCAUGCUGCGCAAGAUGAAGGCCAAGGUGGGCGAGGCCAUCUCGCCCCGCGAGCGAAACGAGAUCGCCCGGGCCGCAGCGUCUUCCAGUCCGGCCGAGGGGUACAACCUCGAGCUCGACUUCGCCAGCCCCGGCCUCAGCCCCAGCUCCAGCCCCGAGGGCGAGCCUGUGCCCGAGGCUUGUCGCAGUGGCAUGAAAAGACGGCCCUCGGUCACGAUCAUGGAGGAGUGGAAUGAGUACUACCACGACGCCGAUGACAGUGGCGCACUCGGUGGUGGCCCCCGUGGCACAGUCGCCAGCAGGACAGAAGGAGAAGACACAGAGAAGAAAAAGAAGGUCGACCUGACGAGCGCGCUGGAGGCGACCCAGGCCGAGGCCCAGCAACGUGUUGAAGAGCGUGAUGGCGAGGAGUACGAGGAUUAUGGUGACGACGAUGACGAGGAGAACUGGGAAGAGGGCUACAUCAUGGUCGACGUGGGGAGCGAGAAGGAGGUAGCAACGAGGCUGCCCAGUAACGGCGACAAUUGCAUGGUCAUUGGGGAGGAGGCCGGAGGAGAGCUGUCAGUGCCGGCGUCGGCAUCGGCGGUGGAGGCGGAGGCGACAGCAGAGAACACGAAGAACAAUUGGAAGAAUGGCACGAUCUACGCAUCACCGCCCACCAAGACAGUCUUGGCCACGAACAGCUCGACCGAUGGAGAAGAGGAGGAUGACGAUGAAGACGAUGAGGACCAUGAAGUGAGCGACACGGAGUGGGGUACAACCACCACUCCUGAAGAGGGGCUACCCGCUGUUCCCGCAGCGAGAUCGAAGCCGCGCUUCAAGCUCCUCAUCCCGCAACGCAAAGAUCCAGGACAUUCGCCUGAGGGUCCGUCGCACUCCCACAGCGGCAGCUUGAGUGCUGGUCGCGACUACCAGUACAGCACGGACAUGAGGUCGCUCGGGUUCUUGACUCCGUCGCCACUGCGGAAGCAGCAAGCCCGCAACUCCUCUUCGCCCCGCGGUGAGCACAUGGCGGGCGGGCGCAAGGCCCUCUCCGCGCUCUCGCUCAUGGCCAGCCUGGCGCCCAUCGGCCACGCUUCGUUCUGCAGUGAUCUCGACACAGCCCGCAAGGUGCUGAUGAGCCCCAAGCUACAACUGGUUACCCAGUUGAGCAAGCGCGUGGACCCUGCCGACUACAACACCAUCGCGCAGACGCUCGUAAAGAUCUUCGAAGCCAACGGCAAGGCGAUGGACCUGCUCGAGUGGGCCAUCCGCCAGGAGAUCUCUUCUUCCCUGGACCAGCACACGGUGUUGCGCGAGGACAGCCUGUGGAACCAGAUCAUCGCGCAGGACUUCACCCUGAUCGGCGGCAACUACCUGCGGCAGCUACUGCGCACGGAGAAGGUGGCCGAGAGCGCCUCGCUCCUGCUCAAGGAGAUCUGCUCUUCCCUCUCCUAUUGUCCCAGCCAAAUAUCGAGCGUGUGCUACAUCCUGCACAAGGAGCUGUCGAAGCACUUUCCGACGGGGCGAGGCCACGGCUCGGUCAUCGGUAGCUUCUACAUGUUGCGGUUCAUCUGCCCCGCGCUGGUCUCGCCCGUCAAGAUGGGCUUCGUCGACAGUCAGCAGAACAACAACCUGCCGGCGGAAGUCAUGCGACACCUUGUGGCUGUGGCCAAGUUGCUGCAGUCCCUGGCCAACACCAGCAUGCAGGCCUCCUUCUUGCAGCCCCAGCACCAGCAUGCGUCGGCGGCGGAGAAGGAGCGCAGCAUGCGGUGGGAGAAGUUCCUCAGGACCAAGAUACCCCUCUACCACGAGUUCAUCGCCGGGCUCACCAGCGAGAGCCUCUUCCUCAAGUCAACGACGGCGGCGUCGUCUCAGCACUACACUACGGCGAAUAACCAGGCGGGCGCGGCCAUGACCAACACAAUCAGCGGCCUGCGGGUGCGUUGUGUUGUUUGCGUUCACUCUAAAGGAAGCAGAGGAGCCACGAGCUGA